AUGGAGACGAAGGAGAAAGACAAGGGGCCAGUGCUGCACAUAGUCGUGGUUGGAUUCCACCACAAAAAAGGCUGUCAGGUGGAGUUCUCGUACCCGCCGCUGGUCCCUGAUGCUGAGCACGACAGUGGGCUGAUCCCGGAGCAGUGGAAGUAUCUCCCGUUCCUCGCUCUGCCGGACGGAGCACAUAACUACCAGGAGGACACAGUGUUCUUCCACCUCCCUCCUCUCGAUGUGGAGCAGAAGUGCGUCUACGGCGUCUCCUGUUAUCGACAAAUAGAAGCAAAGGCCCUGAAGGUGCGACAGGCUGACGUCACCAGAGAAACUGUGCAGAAGAGUGUGUGUGUCCUCAGCAGAGUGCCUCUGUACGGUCUGCUUCAGGCCAAACUACAGCUCAUCACUCACGCCUACUUCGAGGAGAAGGACUUCUCCCAGAUCUCCAUCCUCAAGGAGCUUUAUGAACACAUGAACGGCUCUCUGGGAGGUUCUCUGGACGGCUCUCAGGUGCAUCUGGGUUUAUCGCCGAGAGAUUUAAUUUUGCAAUUUCAACACAAGGUGCUGGUCCUGUUCAAGCUGCUGCUCCUGGAGAAGAAGGUGCUGUUCUUCGGCUCUCCUGUGCACAGGCUGGUGGGACACCUCAUGACGCUACUAUCCAUGUUCCCGGGUCUGGUGGAGCAUGGCCUGGUGGACUCCUCCCACUACAGACCAAGGAGCAGUGUUUCUGAAAACCCGACUGGAUCAGAGGAGUUUGUGUCUGUGUCUGUCACUGACCUCACAGAGGAGGCAGCCAAUCACAGCCAGCCGUCACCCCCAGGAGCCAAUCACAGCCAGCCGUCACCCUCAGGAGCCAAUGGGGAGAGCAGCGGAGAUCACCUCCUCAGGCCUCCUUCUCGAGCCUCUCCGGACUCCUCAGAGAGCGACUGGGAAACUCUAGACCCCAGUGUCUUAGACCAGACCUUAGACCAGAGUGUAGACCAGAGUGUAGACCCGGUUCAGACCCCAGAGCCCUUCGAGUCUCCGUCCGGGACCCCCAUCACGUCCCAGCCGCUGGGUGGAGCUGGGGGGGUGUGUCAGGGGCUGGUGUCGGGGCUGGAGGAGGACCAGUACGGACUGCCUCUGGCCAUCUUCACUAAGGGGUACCUGUGUCUCCCCUACAUGGCGCUGCAGCAGCACCACCUUCUCUCUGAUGUCUCCGUCAGAGGUUUUGUUGCCGGAGCAACAAACAUCCUGUUCAGACAACAGCGACAUCUGAGCGACGUGGUGGUCGAGGUGGAGGAGCCUCGGAUCCAGACCCAGGACCUGGACCUCCGCAGGGCUCUGGUCUUGACCACAGCCGACCUGCGCUUCGCCGACUACCUCCUGAAACAUGUGACGGAGAACAGGGACGACGUGUUCCUGGACGGGACGGGCUGGGAGGGCGGGGACGAGUGGAUCAGGGCCCAGUUCACCCUCUACCUGCACUCACUGCUGGCUUCAGCUCUGCACCAGGACAGUGAGCGCCUCCUGGUGGACUACGGCGCCCCCUUCAUCACCGCCUGGAAAAUGAGCCACAACUAUAGAGUUUGGAAAAGCAACAGUCACUCAGGGAUGAGCCACAUCACUGCAGGACAUCCGUUCCAGGGACAGUACAGUGUGGCGGAUGUCAAACUCCGGCUCUCUCACUCGGUGCAGAACAGUGAGCGUGGGAAGAAGAUCGGGAACGCCAUGAUGACCACGAGCCGCAGUGUGGUGCAGACGGGAAAGGCUGUGGGUCAGUCUUUAGAAGGCGCUCUGACCAGUGCCAAAUCCGCCAUGACGUCCUGGUUCUCCACGUUGGCCACGCCCACCCCCAUCACGCACCUAUCAGAGGUGGCGACAGAAGCGCCGCAGUGA